ACACACGACCCUCCACGUGCGACUGGGGAGGAAGCCAGCAUGAGCAGGUUUUGAACUCGUGGUGACGACAAAGGCUUUGUGAAAGGCUUCUGGGUCACUGUGCCGGGCUGGCAUGCUAUUCACAUCGGUCAGUAUAUCAACACAAUGUAUCUCUACCUACAAUCAAAACUAAUUAACAGCAUAUGGUUUCCUUAAAUGUAUGCCAUUAUCCCUCAAUGCUAUAAAUGCUCAAUUAGACCAAUGUAAGUAAUCUUUGAUGAAAAUUGAUUUGUUAUUAGGGGUUCAAGCCUCAAGUUCGAAUCCCUAUUGUAUCUGUUGGGAUUAUUAUUAUUAUUCUCGACUAUUUUGUGAUACAUUUUAUGAGGAAACGACAAAUGAUACACAACUGAAACUUCAGUAUGUUUUAGGAAAGGAUCUGAAAUUGUGUUUGUUUAUGUUUUGGAAACAUUUGGUCACGUGACUUGGCGGCCAUGUUGGGUUUUGUGCCAAACCUUCUUCUCCAGAACGGAUGAUGCGAAAGAGCUGAAAUUUUAUCCGCAGUUGCACAAAGCAUCUUUUCGAUUCUUCUGUACAUGUCGUCAAUCGGUGCUUUGUUGUGGCUCGAGUUUGCUGUCAUAUCGGGGAAGGUUGUGCGACCUCACAACUACACAAAUGACGUUGCUUCUGGUGGAUCACAUGGUAUAGAAUACGAGAUGACGGAAAAAGAGGAGGUUGAAAAAUACCAUAAAAAGCACAAACACAACAGAAAGAAAGGAGUCAAUUUUUACUUCCUGAUUGGUGGAAUAGCGUUCGCAAUAGGCGCCAUUCUCCAUGAUGUGUUUUUCAUAGUUGACUUCAGCCUUCAUGGAGACAAAUCCUGCCUCCACCCAGCGGACAUUGUGACAUCAGUCACGCGGAUGCUCUUUAUGGGGAUCCUAAUUGUUUUUAUCACCCUUCACCACGGGGUCGUCAUUACAAAAGACACUCUCGGUGUCAGGUUCCUGUUUGUUCAUGUGAUAGCCACAAACAUAUGCUUGUGGAUAAAUUGUUCUGUAAACGAAGCGGCCGAGGACUUCCGCCAUGAUGAAGAAGACCGGAAGCGAAAGGAAGGACUAGCUGAUCUAAACACAACCACGAGCUGUUAUGCUAGUCGAGAGCUGAGGACCCUUGCAGCACCAUAUCUAACACCGUGCCGAAUCGAAUUUGCCCUCUUCGCUAUCGCCGUCUUAUAUCAAAUGCUUUCUCAUGUUGAUAGUCAGCCAGCCGACACUAAAGGGGAAGAACAGUCCGUUACCUCCCCUGAAGGUCGCCAUCGCAAGAUACUAAGAGUUUUCCGUACUUUGCACGUCGGCUGCUUUCUUUUCGUAACAACGCUAGUAGCGGUCGGACUGUUCUUCAAUUAUUCAGAUUUUCUUGAUGACACAGAAUCCGCACAGUUAGUGUUUCACGGAACAGAAAUUUUGUUGUUACUUAUUCUUACAACCAGUGUUGUUGUUGGCUUUGUAUGCAUGAGAAGCCUUUGUUUCGUUCCACACCCUACAGGGUCAUUGGAUGAAAACCUUUUAAUUGUCGCCGUCGUGGGUCAAAUUUUAUAUGACGUCAGCAGAGUAAUUGCUUCAGUCGGUGGCGUGACGUCAGAUCAGUCAUCGCCAGUGUUCUCACUAACAGCGGGCAUCCUUUCCUUGAUAGAGUUGUCUUUUCAGACUGUUUUUAUUUUGUUCACGUGCCGUCUUUGCUCAGAAAACGAGAAACAGGAAUCAGAAAAGCCUGGACGAGCCUGUAUCGGUUUUGUUUUGCUGGGCAAUUUGAGCAUGUGGCUUCUGGUCACAUUUGAAGCGAAGAAAGCCACGAUGGUGCCACUGUACAUCGAGUUCUACGGUUACCUCCCUUGGGCACUCAUCUCGUUUACUCUCACCCCCAUGAUGAUAUUUUAUCGCUUUCAUUCCACCGUACUUCUGUCAGAUAUUUGGAAAGAAGCUUAUGAAAAACGAAAGACUCGGUGAUUUACUAAUAUGUAAUUGAAGACGCUUUGAUGUAAGUACGACCCGGUGGUCCAAGACUGCAUUAGGUACAGGUAUACGGACUUGUUCGAUGGGUGUUCUCCAUGGUUACCGCUCUAACGUAUGAGACCCAUCUCAUGAGUUUCACUCAUUACUUGUGUGGCAGGCUUGACAAAAAAAGGAA